GCGCAUUCAACGAUUGCCUCACUUCGGUCACACUGCUCUUGCCACUGUGUUAGCGAAUAAUAUUUGUUAAUUGAAAAUUAAUUCUUUUUAACUGAAAGUGUUGAGCUAACACAUCCCAAAUUUAUUCAUUAUGUACCUUUCGCGCCAGUUAAGACAGCUGCCCAGGUCUAGGCUAACGCGUCACAUAGCCAGCGGCAAUGGCACACAUUACACAACCGCUGCGAGACCGGCUGCAGAGCACAUUGAAAUUCCAAAACGCAUUGAACGAUCGCCUACAGAUCUGCUGCAGGCGUUGGCCAGCACCGUGGGACGCGAUUCAACGGCACCGCACUAUAAAUAUCACGAUGAUCCCUUUCUGAUACCCAUGUCGAACAUCGCAAAACGAACAUAUGCUUUAUCGAAGGAGGCUGGGCGCAAGGCAGCCAAUUGGAUCAAAGAGGAGCAUCGCGAGCUGUUUAUGCACCAAGAAGCCCAGCCACCCAUUGAAAAGUUUGCACCAUCCAUGGUCUACACGGAGGAAUCAGAGGUAGAUGCGAGUUCUCUGCAGCUGCUCAUCUCACAAGGUGAGGUGACGGAUGCUGUGCUAGUGUAUAAUCUAUUGGAACAAAAGGGCAUUGAGGUUACUGAUGCGCUGAAACAGAGCUUAUUAGAGCUGGUGUGCUUCUACAACAAUCAAGAGCCGUUGCCAGAAGAAUAUAUUGAGGAGCGCUGGUUCAUGCAAAACAAUCGUCGACGUGAACGGCAUGGCAAGACUUGGAAGGAUGGGGAAUUAGCUGAGAAACUCUACGCAGCAAUUGAGCCAAAGACACCCCAAUCCUAUGCAGCGCUUAUACGAGGAAUGGCCAAAUACUUGCAGUGUGAGCGUGCCUAUGCCCUGCUCCAGGAAGCCAAUGAGAAGCGGAUCCAGCUGGACACUAAUACGUAUAAUGCCAUCAUACAGAUUGUUAGCUUCAUCAAGGAUACAGCCGAGCUACGCUGGCAGAUGUGCACGUCGCUGCUAAAUCAAAUGGCGGAACAGCAACUGCAACCCAAUCUGGGUACGCUAAAUGCGGUACUUGAGUGCAUCAGCACAUUUGGAAACUUUAAAUUGGCACGCAGCUCAGCACUAAAAGUGCUGCCAGAAUUCAAGCAACUCGGCGUGACGCCUAGCCUGGGCUCCUAUUACUAUCUCUUGAUUAUAUUCUGUCGGGAGCGCGCACCUGUCUCACAUGUCAUUAUAGACAUUCUGAAUGAUAUUGCCGGCAAGGAGUUCAAGGUGGAGCAUCCGAAGGAUACAUUCUUCUUUGCCACGGCCAUGGAUGUGUGCCGCAAUCAUUUGCAUGACAAGGCUUUGGCAAAGAGGGUAGACGACCUGCUGCACACUGGCAACAACUACGAUUUGAUUGGCGACUCCUUCAAAGAAGGCAUUUACUAUCGCAAUUAUUUAGCGCUGCUCUGCCAGACUGAAUCCAUUGAAGAUUUUAUGCAAUUUUAUGAUAUGCUGGUGCCCAACAUCUACAUACCCGAGCCGGGUAUCAUGGAGGAGAUCCUCAGAGCUAUCGAGAUCAAUGGAGCUGUUGAGCACGUGCCUCGCAUCUGGUCGGACAUGGUCAUCUUCGAUCACACUCAUCGCGAGAGUCUGUUGCUUUACGUACUCCGCAUUAUGGUGGACAAUCGUCCAAAUCCUGAAUUGCCCGCCCAGCAGCAGCUCCCUAAGCAGUGCGCCAAAGUGGCGAUGGAUAUGUACAACAAGAUCGAGGAGUCCGUUAAACGCAUCAAGAAAGUCUCCUUCACUGGCCAAAUGUUGGGCGACAUUCUGACCCUACUAGUGCGCGACAACAGUAGCUUCGACCAGGCCGUCGAAGUGUUCAACUACAUUGACAAGCAACAGCACCGCAUUCCCGGCACACCCGCAGAUAGUGCUCUGUUUGAGUAUAUCGAGGCGACCGUUCUAAACAAAUCGCCCAGCCAGGCAUUGUUGGCCCUUCAGUAUGCCGUUGAGAACAACAUGGAAACGAGUGCACUGGCAAAGCGUAUUCACGAAGGCUUCACUCUCAGCGAAGUGCAUUUGGCCAAGCUGAAAUCCCUAGUCGGCGAAGGUUUCAUCAACAAAUAAGAAAGGCAAUAGUCAUUAAAUUCGUUUUUGUAAUUUGCAAUAAAUAUAAAAUGUUAAAUAAAUGCAAGGAAUGCAUUAUGUAAUACUAAAAUUCGACAUAUUUG